AUGGAGCGCGCAAGGAGGCUUGCUUACAGAGGAAUCGUGAGACGUCUCGUUACCGACGCCAAACGACACCGUAACGGCGAAACCACCCCUCAUGUCCCGUCGGUUCUUCCUCACGCUCCGGCGAGGUAUAUCUCUUCUCUUUCCCCUUUUCUCCCGAGCCGUCGAUCCGUCAAUCCGGCGGCAUUCGGGAAUCUAGGGAGGCACCAGCAGCAGACGCGUUCGAUCUCCGUCGAGGCUGUUAAACCCGGCGAUACUUUCCCGCGUCGCCACAACUCGGCAACCCCAGAUGAGCAAACCCAUAUGGCCAAGUUCUGUGGUUUCGAUCACAUCGACUCCCUUAUCGACGCUACGGUGCCCAAAUCCAUCCGAUUAGAUUCGAUGAAUGUUGAUUCUUCAGGAAAGCCAGCUCUGCGUAUGGCGAUGCAGACUAGAGAACAGCAUAUUAGGAGGGACAAAGCCACUAGCAACAUCUGUACUGCUCAAGCGUUGCUUGCAAACAUGGCUGCCAUGUAUGCUGUUUACCAUGGACCUGCAGGUCUAAAAGCUAUUGCUCAACGCGUCAAUGGUCUUGCUGGCAUAUUUUCCUUAGGGUUGAAGAAGCUCGGGGUUGCAGAAGUCCAAGAUCUUCCCUACUUUGACACUGUAAAAGUUAAGUGCUCGGAUGCACAUGCAGUUGCUGAUGCAGCUGCCAAGAGCGAAAUUAAUCUGCGCGUUGUGGACUCCAACACUAUCACUGCUUCUUUUGACGAAACAACCACCUUGGAUGAUGUCGAUAAACUUUUCAAAGUUUUUGCUUCUGGCCAGCCGGUUCAAUUCACAGCUGAAUCUCUGGCACCCGAGGUUCAAAAUUCCAUUCCUUCUAGCCUAACAAGAGAGAGCCCUUAUCUUACCCACCCAAUCUUCAACAUGUACCACACAGAGCAUGAGUUGCUCAGGUACAUCCACAAAUUACAGUCUAAGGAUCUCUCACUGUGCCACAGCAUGAUUCCAUUGGGAUCUUGUACGAUGAAGUUAAAUGCAACAACUGAAAUGAUGCCAGUCACAUGGCCAAGUUUCACUGACAUUCACCCUUUUGCUCCUGUUGAACAAGCACAAGGUUAUCAGGAAAUGUUCAACAAUUUGGGUGAUCUCUUGUGUACAAUCACUGGGUUUGACUCUUUCUCAUUGCAACCAAAUGCUGGUGCUGCUGGUGAGUAUGCCGGGCUCAUGGUUAUCCGCGCAUAUCACAUGUCAAGAGGAGAUCAUCACAGAAAUGUGUGCAUCAUACCUGUCUCUGCACAUGGGACAAACCCUGCAAGCGCUGCUAUGUGCGGGAUGAAAAUUAUCACGGUUGGAACUGAUGCUAAGGGAAAUAUCAACAUCGAGGAGGUGAGAAAAGCUGCUGAAGCCAACAAAGACAACUUAGCCGCCCUCAUGGUUACAUACCCUUCAACUCAUGGAGUCUAUGAAGAGGGUAUUGACGAGAUUUGCAACAUAAUACACGAAAAUGGGGGUCAGGUGUACAUGGAUGGUGCCAACAUGAAUGCACAGGUUGGUUUGACGAGCCCCGGUUUCAUUGGAGCGGAUGUGUGCCAUCUCAAUCUCCACAAGACCUUCUGUAUUCCUCAUGGAGGUGGUGGGCCUGGAAUGGGUCCCAUUGGUGUGAAGCAACAUUUAGCACCUUUUCUUCCUUCUCACCCUGUGAUACCCACUGGAGGUAUCCCGCAACCCGAGAAGGCAGUACCGCUGGGUGCUAUUUCCGCUGCACCGUGGGGAUCUGCGCUUAUCUUGCCGAUAUCAUACACUUACAUUGCCAUGAUGGGAUCUGGUGGACUCACUGAUGCCUCAAAGAUUGCAAUUUUGAAUGCCAAUUACAUGGCAAAGCGUUUAGAGAAGCACUACCCAGUUCUAUUCCGUGGUGUUAACGGAACGGUAGCACACGAAUUCAUCAUAGACUUAAGAGGCUUCAAGGCGGAGUUAGACAGGUUCUGCGAUGCUCUCAUUUCGAUCAGGGAAGAAAUUGCACAGAUUGAGAAAGGAAAUGCAGAUGUCCAGAACAACGUUCUCAAGGGAGCUCCACAUCCUCCAUCGUUGCUAAUGGCAGACACAUGGAAGAAGCCGUAUUCCCGAGAGUACGCUGCUUUCCCUGCCUCGUGGCUCCGCUCCUCCAAGUUCUGGCCAACCACAGGGCGUGUGGACAAUGUGUAUGGAGACAGGAAGCUGGUGUGCACUCUCCUCCCAGACGAAGAACAAGUCGCAGCUGCAGUAUCAGCUUGA